UUUUCUUUUCAAUAGCUUCUAAAGUCAACUUGAUACAAGCACCAACUAAAUGUCUCUUCCUUCUACCCAGUACGCCUGUGUUGCCAAUGUCGAUGUCGAGGGCAAAGACUUGUCCUCUCUCGAGCAGGUCCCGGUUGUGUUACCGGAAGCUGACCAGAUUUUGGUCAAGACUGAGGCCUAUGCCGCUAACCCAACCGAUUGGAAGCACAUUGUCUUGAAGUGGGCUGACCAGGGCUGUAUUGUCGGUACUGACGCCUCUGGGACCGUUGCUGCCGUUGGCUCCAACGUCACCAACUUCAAGGUUGGGGACUAUGUAUCUGUUUUCAUCCACGGUGCCUACUGGGAGACCCCACAAUGCGGUGCCUUUGCCCAAUUUUGUCUUGCCGACCAGCACUUGGCUAUCAAGUACAAAAAGCCGUUGAAGCACGUUGCUCCGGCAUCUGGCGCAGAACACAUUCCGGGUGGACCGGUAGACUCUUUCGAGAGUGCUGCCAGUAUGAGCUUGGGGGUUGUCACCGUCUCCCUUUCCUUCUCUCACUUUUUGAAGUUGUCCCCGGACGUGCCCGCACCUGCCGGCAAGAUCUUCUUGGUUUGGGGCGGUGCCACCGCGACCGGUAUCUUGGCCAUCCAGAUCGCCAAGUUGUUGGGCUGGAGAGUCAUUGCCACCGCCUCCGGGAAGCACCACGACUCCUUGAAGAAGUUGGGUGCCGAAGCUUGUUUCAACUACGGAGAGGCUAAUGUCAUUGAACAGAUUAAGAAGUAUGGUGGAGAAGACAUUGUUAGAGCGCUCGACACUGUGGGCAGCGAUACCACCAUCCAACAGACUCAUGACGCCGUCGCAGACUCCGCCACUGCGCUCGUCGACAAUUUGUUGUUUAAGAAAGCCAGCGAGGUGAAGAAUUUGAAGGCCAACGUCACCAUUACCGCGUCCUUAUCUUACGUUGCCAUCGGAUUGCCAGUCAACUUAAGAGGUGGGUUAGUGAUACAAACUUCCGAGGAAUUGGUCAAAGACUUUAGAAACUUCAUGAAGUGGUCUGUCGAGCGUGUCAGCAGCGGCGACAUCAAGCAUGCCCCAAUCAAGAUCCUUCCCGGCGGGUUGAAGGCGGCCAACGCUGCCAUGAACUUGUUGAAGGAGGGAAAGACCAGCGGCGAAAAGUUGGUUUUUGUCGCUGAAGAGUACUAAGUUUUAAGAGAAUGUAUUCGUAUUUAUGUCGUGAAGUAAACGAGCCGAGGACGGUUAACCAGAGAUAGUUGACCAAUAGAGAUAUGCAAUUGAAAGCACGCGCCCCUCCAUGCCCGUGAGCUUAGACGGGAAGUCGGAGAUAUAAAAUAUGCCAAUCCGGGAUUCGGAUGUAUAUGGACGAUAGGAUAUAGGUACACACAGACAGACACGUUAUAUAGAAGCAGAAAUAAUAUUAUAUAACAUAGAUAGCUCGCAGCAAAUAGAGGAG